AUGGCUGAUCGUUUGCCUGCCAGAGCAAACAAGAUUCAGGAGCUUAACACUGAAAAUUCGUCUUUUCGGAGAAUGCUUCAUGAGUCUCAGCAAGAGGUUGAAAAACUUAAAGAGGAAAAUAAGGCCUUGUUGAAACUGAUUCUGGGAGACCACGAGAGACUCAUGGCUAAGUUUAAAAGGUGUCGUCCUCUUCCUUCAGAGGCUUCCAAAACAUAA